AUGUCUAUCCUUGGUCAAGAUGAAGAGUUUAUGGAUAACAUGAAAUAUGCCACUCCUGAUCAACUAUCGGACAAGGCAUUAACCACAGCAGAAAAGGAAUUGAACAACUUGCAACAGCAGAAACAACAGCAACUUCUAGAUCAAAAUAAACAGUUUAUGCAAAAUCUAUUUCAAGAGAACUCUACUCAACCAAUCAAGAUACGAAAUGUGCAAUUGACUAAUAGUGGACAGUUUCGUGACUCGUUUGUGGAAUCACAAUUUCAACCAUUACUCACCGGUGACAUUUUUCCUUUACAUCGAUACUUGUCCAUUAUUGACAACAUUCUGAAGAACUUAAUCAAAUCUGGUGUUGUGGAGAAUGUACUAUGUAACACUCAUCAAGUUGCGUCGAAUACAAAGUCCCCAAUGUUAGCGGUACGUCGUGGGUUUUCAGCUGGGACUGGUGCUAUUCAUGUGGUGCCCAUUUUCAACACUAUACCAAUAAAGCGAUUUUUUGCUAAAACAGGAACCAAUAUAGGAAAUGGAGAAGGUGAUGGAUAUAUUCAAUUUCAGUUACGAAACAUAUUUGGCGGUGGAGAAAACCUUGUAUUUGAUGCUGUAACAGGUACUAAAACUUCAAGUUCAUAUUUAGUCAAUUAUAAUCAACCAAUAGCCAACAAUUGUAAUUAUAUUUGGGAGAAUUGCAUUAGUUUGAACACCAGGAAUCUCGAUUGGAUUCAAAGUAAAGUUCACACAAAAAGUUUGGUAAACAAAAUCUACACUCAAUUUAAUAAUUGUAAAUUGAAUCAUGAGGUGAUUUUGGAAAAUUCAAUACGUGAUUUAGAUAAUUAUGGAUCCAAAAGUUUUGCAAUAUUACAACAAUGUGGUCAAAAUGUAAAAUCUUCAAUUGCAUAUAAUAUCAACUAUGAUACUAGAAAUAGUAAGCAUUUGCCGUUCCGAGGAUCAUUUAUGCAAUGGGGGAUCGAGUAUAAUGGAUUAUUCAGGUUUAACAUGUAUCCAUUUGUGAAGACAGCAACACAGCUACAAUAUGCAUGGAGUGUUCCAUCAAUCAGCUCACAUGUUUUAACCAGCACUAAAAUGGGACUUCUAUAUCCAUUGAACGGUAAAUCGUCCAUACUAGAUAGGUUUUUCAUUGGGGGUCCUAAUGAUGUUCGAUCAUUCACGUUAAAUAGAUUAGGUCCAAGAGAUCAAAAUUCAUUUAUUGGAGGUGACUUAUUUCUCAAUGGUGGUAUUUCUUUAUUUACUGAUGUUCCUAGAUAUAAAGAAUCCAAUUUCAAGUUUCAUAAUUUCAUCAAUUGGGGUAAAUUGGUAUCAUUAAAUCAUGAAACAUCUGUUUCAGAUAAUUUCAAGCAAUUGUCUCAUUCGUAUUGUUUGAGUUACGGAUUUGGUAUACUAUACAAUCAUCCAAUGGCUAGAUUUGAGUUGAAUUUCGUUUUACCCCUUUUAGCUAAUGGACGUGAUUCAAUAAGAAAGGGAAUACAAUAUGGGAUUGGUGUUUCUUUCUUGUAA